AUGACUCUCCUGCGCCGGAGGUUGGCCACUGCUGGGGCCGAAGGAACCCACUACAGCUACUUGGACCUCUGGAGUUCUCGCUUCACGUGGGGCGGCGAGGAGGUGCCAUCCGAGGGCCAGCUGGUCGUGGUGGAAAAAGGCCACACCGUCUACCUGGAUCAGUCCACGGAGGUGCUCAAGAUGCUCCUCAUAAAAGGAGGCCACUUACUGGUGGACCCGGAGGCGACGUCGGAGGUGGUGCUGAGGGCCGAGUACAUCCUGGUGGUGGACGGCGGGGCGCUCAGCAUCGGCUCGGAGGAGGACCCGUUCGAGGGCCAAGCGACCAUCGAGCUCCACGGCAACGCGAGGUCCAUCCAGCUGCCGGUCUUCGGUGCCAAGGUGCUCGCGGUGCGCAACGGGACGCUCGACCUGCACGGCGCCCCUGUGUCCGUUCCAUGGACGCGCUUGGCCCUGCCCGCCGCCCCUGGGGACCGCUCCCUCAGGCUCGAGACGCCCGUCGCCUGGCGCCCCGGGGACUCCAUCGUCCUCGCCUCCACGGAGAGAAGAUUCUCCACCAACGAAAACGAACAGCUGACGAUCGAAAGCGUGUCGCGCGACGGCCGCACCGUAACCGUGACGGAGCCUCUGCGUCACCACCACGUCGCGUUACGCCAGACGCUCGGCGGACGCGUGGUCGACACCCGCGCGGAGGUCGGCCUUCUGUCGCGCAACGUCAGAAUCCGCGGGGUCGUGAGCGCGGAUUUCGCCGAUGACGUCAUAGAGCCGUGCGGGGGGAAGUGGAGUCCGGGCCAGUUCAAGACGGCGCCCUGCUUCAACGGGAACUUCGGCGCGGAACUCGGCAGCGACAUGUUCGGCGCGACGGUGAUGCUGGCGCCCGAACGACCCGACGAGGAGACCGUGGCGGCGCGGUUGCAACACGUCGAGAUCACGCAGGCCGGGCAGGCCUACCAGAUCGGACGCUACCCGCUGCACUUCCACAUGCUCGGCCGCGUCCGCCGCUCGUACGUCCGCGGCUGUUCCGUCCACCACUCGUACAACCGCGCCAUUACCGUGCACGCCACCAGCGGUCUCACGGUGGGAUCGAACGUCCUCUUCAACACGUUCGGACACGCUCUCUUCACCGAGGAUGGGAACGAGGAGGACAAUGUGUUCGAAUACAAUCUCGCUGUCUUCACUCGCUUGUCUUCUGCUCUCCUCAACGCUGAUCUCACGCCCGCCUCCUUCUGGAUCGUGAACCCGAACAACCUGGUCCGCCACAACGCCGCGGCAGGAGGAACGCACUUCGGCUUCUGGUACCGUCUGGAGAGCGCCCCUUCAGGUCCCUCCGCCGGGUCGCCUCACUGCCCCAACGAGGCGCCCGUGGCAGGAUUCUACAACAACUCGGCGCACUCCAUGGGCAGGUACGGUCUGUGGGUAUUCUCCAACGAGGGCUAUUUUCCCAAGACUGACAAGUGCGGACAUGAGGACACGGUGGCCCGCUGGGAGAACUUCACGGCGUGGCGGUGCGAGCGCGGGGCGGAGGUCGGAACGGGCGGGGCGCUGCAGUUCCACAAUUUCGUGGUCUUGGACAACGAGAAAGCCGGCUUGGAGAUGAUCCAGGUCAAGGGAGGCUUUGGGGUAGAUGACGGACCUGGUAUCUUCAACUCUCUGGUGGUGGGCCGGUCCGCCCUCUCCCCCGGAGACUGCAGGCGGCCCUCGAGCGGCGUGGUGGCCCCCGAGGAGCACGUGCUGACUGUGGCGGGCACGACAUUCGUCAACUUCGCCGGCGGGCAGUGCGUCGCUCUCUCCGGGUGUUCCCAGUGCACGAACAUCCGAGCGGGGUCUUCGGUGCGCGUCGAGGGCCUCACCUUCGUCAACAGCCCCAAUAAGAUACGCUUCAAAUGGGAACACGAGACCAUCUGGGAAGACGUUGACGGGUCCCUGUCUGGCAGUCCUGGCAACGUGGUGGUGGCAGACAUGGGUAUCCUUCCUCCCCGACGCUGCCGCAAGGAACCAGCUUUCUCCGUGAACCCGACGGUCCCAGGAGCAGUCUGCCGAAGUCCCAUGAAGUUCCUGCAGAUCCAGAUCGACGGGCGGACAAUCCAGCCACCGUCUCUGAGGGCGCGGGACCUGACCGUCAGCAACAGACACGGCCAGACCAGGAUUCCCUUCACAGACACGCGUCUUUCUCAGCCUUCCUGGAUAGCCACCUUGUACGCCGGAGACACUUACCUGUGGGAGUUUGAUUCCGCUAGCCAGAUCACGAAUCUGUCCUAUCGCUGUAAGUCAUCACUCCUCAGCCAAGACGAUUACUUCUUCGUAGAACAUCGUUUCCCACAAGAUAUGAACUUCUUUAGAACGACGAACGAAGAGAGAGAGAUGGACGAAGAUCUGCCUGACGUCGCGUCCUCUCGCCACGGAGAUUAUCACUGGGAUUCCGACUCGCAUACGGUCACCUAUAUUGUUAAAGGACCUUUGCCAGGAGAUGUAGGCAGUGAAUUUUACGAUCACGAUAGGGGAGUCAGCCGGAUAAUCGACUUUAAAGCCCAGAGAUGCCGCUACGAGAAUUGCGUCCCUCCCCACCGGCCCCCCCAUCCCCCAACCGCCCCUUGAGCCGUCUGCUGUGGUCGGAUAUUGAAACGUGGAGAGAAAUGCCCGUAGGCUUCGGAGGGCAUCCGACCGCCGACGUGUACAGUCUUCCGGAAGAGAACGACGAUGUCAUCGUUCCUAAAGGAAUGACUCUCAUAGUAGAUACCACAGCACCUCCACUCCGCAGUGUUGUCGUAUACGGAACGCUAGAAUUCCAGGACACAAUGGAUCAUGUAUUCCAGGCAGAGGCCAUUCUUAUUCAG